GGUUUGGGCAUUUUUUAGUAGGAAUAAAUAAAUGGAUAGUCCGAAUUCGGUUCGUAGUUCGAAAUCGAAUGAGGAACAACAACCUAGGUUAAAGUUUUUAUGUAGUUUUAAUGGUAGUAUAUUACCUCGACCUUUAGACGGAAAACUUAGAUACGUAGGCGGUGAGACGCGGAUCGUUAAUGUCCCGAAAGAUAUAGGUUAUGAACAACUUAUGAUUAAGAUGAAAGAAUUGUUUGAGGAUGUGUGUGUUUUGAAAUAUCAACAACCCGAUGAGGAUCUCGACGCGUUGGUUUCCGUCGUGAACGAUGACGAUGUUACGAAUAUGAUGGAAGAGUAUGAGAAGUUGGGGUCGGGUGAUGGGUUUACUCGUCUUAGGAUAUUUUUGUUCUCGAGUGGUGAUCAAGAUGAUAACUUGGUUGUGCAUUUUGACGAGAGGGAUAAUGAGAGACGGUAUGUUGAUGCGUUGAAUAGUCAUAAUGAUUCUCCCGAGUUUGGGAAACCGGGUUUGGGUUUAGAUGACGGGUUACUUGAACAGUAUUAUAGUCAGUUGAGUUUGGAUGGGAAUGGUAAUACGGGUAGUAAUGGUUAUAACCCGAGGAAUUUUGAGAUACCCAUGUCUCCAGUUAACUUGCAGAAUGUGAGAAUACCUCACCAACAGUCGUUUAGUCAACGUUAUAGUGAAAUGGAGUCACCGUGGAGUCCUGCAUAUUAUUCUCCUAGGCAUCAUGGUAAUGACUUUCUGAAUUCACCUUCUUCAUCUUCACGUUAUCAUAGUCCUUCAGAUGAUUAUUUUAGACAGCAGCAACAGCAGCAGCAGCAUGUUGGGCAUCAACCGCAGUAUGACCAGCAACAGUCUCCAUUACCCGAGAAUGUUGUUUGGUUACCACCGACGCAAGGUGAGAAGGCGGGGUUUCCGGGUAAUAUACUUCAAGGUUCUAACGUUGGGAAUGGUUCUAAUCCGUGUGUUGAAUGCUCUCCUAGAACUUAUUAUAAUGAGACUCAUCCGCAUGAAAGAGGAUGGAUGAUGCAUCAGUCAAGCCCGCGAGUUGAGGAACCUAGAUUACAUAACCCACCGAGAUUUAAUGAUCAUUAUGUUGUAGAUGGGAAUGGUAUGAAUAUGAAUAUUGGGCAGAGUGCAUAUCCGGAUGGAAGUCACGUGACAUCACAUUAUGUUUAUCAUGAUGAUCGCCCACGCUAUAUUCGUCAUGGCCCUGAUUUUGGCAACGAGAUGUUUCAUGAUCAGGGUGUUGCUACGAGUUUUUCUAAUGCUUAUGGGGCCGAAAAUAUGUACCAUGCGGCACCAUCGCAUGGUCAUCUGCCUGCAAAUGCUUUAUGGAGAAAUGGUCAGAGUCCAAUACAUGGUCAUCCAUCUUAUGAAGCAUCGGGUGUCCCACUGCAAGAAAACGGUACGUAUAACCUAGGGUAUGUUAGGACUACAAUGGAUUCCAGUCCUAGAUUUCCAGUCGGGGUGGAAAGUCCGAAUCAGCAUCAGUUACCAACUGAACCCGUCCAGUUCAUUCCUGCACCUGUGCUAUUUAUGCCUGAAUCUGUCGAACCUAAUCCCGAUCCAGUUCGAUUUUCUCCUAAACCCAUUCAACUUACGUCUGACUCAGCUCAAUUAACUCCCGACCCAAUCCAAUUUUCCCCUGAAGGUGCUCAAUCAACUUUAGAACCAGUCCAAUCUACUCCUGACUUGCCGAACUGUUUGAUUCCUAUAGAACCAGCCACAAGGUCUGAUUCAGCACCUGCUUUGGUUGAUGAUAUUGUGCUUUCCAACAGCUUGAAUACAGAUGGAGUGAAUAAUUCCAGUAGCAGAAAAGAUGGUUUUGAUAGAGAAAAUAUGAUUUCAGCUACGGUACAAAUUGUUGGAGCUGUGAACUCUGAUCAAGAAAAUGCUCCUGUUCUGAAAAACGAGGAACUUGCAAUUGAGGGGUUGACUCAUAUGCCUCAACGUGUUAGAUCUGUAAAGAUUGCAGAAGAUGCUAAGGAGGUGAAAGAUGAAACUCAAGAAAUUGCAGCUUCUUCUGCUGUGAUUGAUCGUAAAGUUAAUGAAGGAACUGCACAGGAAUUAGAUGUAGUGGACCCCUCUGCGGAUUUGGAGUUGGAUUCUGACAGUGAGACCAAAAAUAAUACAAAGAUCGAACCAACAAAGGCAGAGGAGGAAGCUAUUUCUCGUGGUUUGCAGACUAUAAAGAAUGAUGAUCUGGAGGAAAUACGGGAGUUAGGAUCUGGUACCUAUGGAGCUGUUUAUCAUGGGAAAUGGAAGGGCUCAGAUGUGGCAAUAAAAAGAAUUAAAGCCAGCUGCUUUGCUGGGAGGCCAUCUGAAAGAGAACGUUUGAUUGCUGAUUUCUGGAAGGAGGCAUUGAUAUUAAGCUCAUUGCACCACCCAAAUGUUGUCUCUUUCUAUGGUAUAGUCCGAGAUGGACCGGAUGGCUCAUUGGCAACUGUAACAGAGUUCAUGGUUAAUGGAUCUCUAAAGCAGUUCUUACAGAAAAAAGACAGAACUAUUGAUCGGCGUAAGAGACUUAUUAUUGCUAUGGAUGCUUCUUUUGGAAUGGAAUAUCUGCAUGGAAAGAAUAUUGUUCAUUUUGAUCUUAAAUGUGAGAACCUACUAGUCAAUAUGAGAGAUCCACAUCGACCAAUUUGCAAGAUAGGAGAUCUUGGCCUAUCAAAGGUAAAGCAACACACUUUGGUGUCUGGAGGUGUUCGAGGAACGUUGCCUUGGAUGGCACCUGAGCUGCUUAGUGGCAAAAGUCACAUGGUAACAGAAAAGAUUGACGUUUACUCAUUCGGGAUAGUAAUGUGGGAAUUGCUUACCGGAGAUGAACCUUAUGGAGAUAUGCAUUGUGCUUCCAUAAUUGGAGGAAUUGUGAACAACUCGUUACGUCCAACAAUCCCAACCUGGUGUGAUCCCGAAUGGAAAGCUUUAAUGGGAAGUUGUUGGUCUGCUGAUCCUGCAGAAAGACCGUCGUUUUCAGAAAUUUCACAGAAACUGAGAACUAUGGCUGCAGCCAUCAACGUAAAAUGAGAUUGUCUGCACCGUAUUGGAUUGAUCCAAUAUUACCAAGGACAUGGAUUACUCAUUGAGUAGUUCCAAAGUGGUCGCCAUGGACAAUAGUGGACAUGGAAUCUUGCAGGUUGAGACUCGAGAGUGGUUGCAGCCCGUAAAGGAGUGCAUCUGUAUAUAAUAACCCACGGGACGCAAUUAUUAUUGUCUAUUGUUUUAGCAGGCAAUAAUAUAUUUAGCAUCUCCGUGUAAAACAUAGAUGAUGAUGAUGAUCAAUUUAGAUCGCAUAAUUCUCACAUUACAUCCCUCUAUAGACUUCACUCCUCUUUUUUGGGGGGACACAGGAAAAAAAACUGUUUUGUAAUUGUAUGUCAAUUGCAAUGUAUGUUUUAAUUCGUUUUAAA